GAACUUCCACACAGGACCCCUUUAUUUUAAUGUCUUAAAUAAAAUUACAUAAAACUACGGCUGUGCGAGGGGAAUGAAAAAUUCACUCCCGAACAUUCAACAUCUUUUUAAAUGUCAGAAGUACUGUUAACUGUACAACUUAGUCAUAAUGUGACUUAAAUCAACAAAACGGUGUCAAUCUCUUACGGCUUUUGGUUUGUAUCGUUAAAAUUCUCUUUUGACUUGUUUGUACGGAAAGUAACAAACACAGCCAAACCAAGGCAGACAAUUCCAACGAUGGCUGUUGCGACUGACACCGCCAGCAUGGUGUCGUUCACAUGAGGCUGACGAACACCUGAUGCAGACGGAACUCCGCAGGCAGCGAGCAGUUUCGCUUGCUGUUUGGCAACGAGUGACUGUGAUGAAGGGUCGGACUGUGAGGCUUGCCUGCUCAAUUUCAAAUGCACAUAAGCAACACAUUGACUGGAAGAACCCUGAUGGCUACACUAUGUUCUUCAAUCACAACAAGGCUUUAAAGGACAAGCGUUACAGCAUAAGUAAACUGACGGAGUCGCAAUUCGCCAUCAGUAUUUCCAAUGUCUCUUUUAAAGACGGGGGAAACUACACAUGCUCUCAGUAUGGCCAUCAUUUAACGGAAAAGAAAGUGGAAUUGACAGUGUUAGGUGUUCCAAAAAUAAGAGUGACAAAGCAUGACGGGAUGUUUGUCAUACAGUGUACUGCUGAGGGGAACCAUUUUCCUCCUCAGAUCUCUUGGAAGUUUGAUUACGGACCUGAAUUUUUGGGUAAUGCCCAAGCUAAAUACGAGGGUAAAAAGUAUGUUUCCAUGGAUAUGGUACAUUUGCGGUCAGUAAAUACCAGAGUUGCAGUGAAAUGCAUUGUUCGCCAUCCAUGUCUGCAUUUACAACCCCUGAUGAACUUUGUCAAAAUUGGCAAAUACUUACCAGGUUCAACUACUACAAAAAAUCUAUUUAUAUGGAAUACAACAAGCACACCGGGUACCGUAGUCACUGUUUGUAAAGAUCAAAAUACAUCUUCCUCUGAGGGAGCCUAUAACAACACAAGUGGAAAUACAACAACCAUGUCCAAUGACCCAGAUAUGCAAACAGGGCAUAGACAAACUUCACCAUUACUAGUCUUCUUGGUGGCAUGCCUAAUUCUUGGUCUGCUUGCAGUGGUCAUUUGUUUUGUCCUGAAGCUACGAAGAGCACAUAUCACCUGGGAAAAAGAAAAUGAAAUAUCUGACCCUUCAGAAGAGAGCGGUAAAUCAAAAUCAAGUCAAGAAGAAAAAGUAUCCAGGGGUCACAAUCGACGAGGGCUCUUCAGGACAGCUUUUACACAAUAUGCUGUUGAAAAAGCCACCAUAACUUCAAAAGGACCAGUCAUUGAGAUGGCAGUUGAGAGAGAGGAGGCGUCUUCAUCAUCAAAACCCACUUUGGCCGAAUGUGACAUGCAGGACACAGAGCUUUCACCAUGACGUGCACACAGUCCCCAUCCUCACAAUCAGGACCAGUCAAAUUAUACAUUAGCUUAGCUUUAAUUAUUGGCAGAUUGGAAGUACAUUAAAAGUUAGUAUUCUUGUAGUAUCUUUAUGUUUAACAGACACACUGUGGGUUUAUACUAUAAACACAUACUGGCAAAGGAAAGGGUCAAGUAUUUACUGUGACCUGCCCACACAGUGUCACUGUUCAAAAAAGCAUAUUAAAUAUACUUGUUAAAUAAAAUCUGCUUUGUUUUUAAUGAAUACGUAGGCUCACUAUGCUGUCGUAUUUAGAUGGUGGUACUUAAAGAGUCAAGUGUUUUUUGAAGUGGUACUUGGUGAACAUGUUUGAGAACCACUGCUCUAAUAUAUAGAAACUGAACAAGUCUGCUUAAAAGUUGACCAUGGGACUGUCCAAUCAAGUUAAUUUUCAAUGAAUUAUUGACUUAUUUUGAUCACCUUUAACAGCAUUUAUGUAUACAGGAGAAAUUCAAAAAAAUGUGAAUAUCGUGCAAAGUUUGUUUAUUCCAGCAGUUAUAUUUACGAGAUAAAUAUAAUAAAUGACAUAGGCUCAUAACAUGCAACUCAAGAUAUUUAAAGCCUUUUUUUUAAUUAAAUUCUUAUAGCUUACAGUUUAGUAAAACCUCAAAUUGAAAAUUUCUGAAAAUUUUGGGUUUUUUAAAUUGUAAUACAUGAUCACCCUUAUAACAAAGGCUUGGCAUACUGCAUCUUAUUUUGCAUGCAAUGAGUUUAGGUCAAAUCAAGUCAGUCAGGGCAUUACAGUAUAUGCUCCUGAGCAGGAUAAACUGUGUGAAUGAACCUGAA